GAUGUUGUUAUAGAGUUCUUGAACAAUCCCAAUAAGAAACGUAUAAUAUUCACAAUCAAUUCGGGUGGACAACUUUAUCCAUCCUACAGCUUUCCAGUCAGACCACGGUAUAAAGUUGCUUACUUUAUUCGGUAUUUAAUACCACUUCAUUUAACAGAUGAAAAUAUGCUUAAUUCGCUUCUUAUUGGUGAUCUAUUACCGAACCCAUUAGCAAAUUUAUCAGUACUUUGCGACGAAGUAUUUUUUCCACUGCUAAAUAACACAGUAAAUCAAGUGGGAUGGACCAAUGUGAUCGCAAACGAUAUGAAGACAGAGUCUCAAGAAAUGCGAAAUGGAAUUGCCCAGAUGAAAGGUCUCGUUAUAAACCGUACAAUUUUUCCUCUUCCUAUUUGUAUGGAUGAAGUCAUGCAAGCCGCUCCAGCUAUUGCCAUGGGAGAUAUUUCCGUAGUUAACCCUCUUAUGAAGCACUCGCUCGAGUUUAUGGUUGUAAAGUGGCUUGAUUCCGUUGAAGACCUCGUAAAUAUAAAAGCUGGAGAAAGAAUAUAUUCGAAAGAAAAUUUUCCACUACCAGAGGCAAUAUUUUCCUUUUGGGAGUCACGUUUGGAAAACCUUGAGAGCUUGGCUGAACAACUAGGAGAUAGGCGUAUAAAGACUAUUGGUUUCGUUCUUGAAAAAAUUCAAUCAAUUUUCGAGCAUUCUUAUCGGAGAAUUGUUGAAUUAGUACUUGAAUCUUUAGCAGAGGCUAGAGACAUAACUAAGUGCUUGUCCCCAUUGAAAAAAAAAAUGGACAAGUUUGAAACAAACGAUAUGGACGAGAACCGAUCAGAUAUACGACCACUUAUGCUGACAGUUGGAUUAGUGUGGGGUCACUCGCGAUAUUUUCACACUUUGAAUAAUAUGACACUUUUUUUUAACUUGUUCCAAAACUCUCUUAUCGAUUGCGUCAACAGAACAGUAGAGCCAGACUCCAUAUUCCAAGGUGAUGUCGACGAAGCCUAUAAAAAAUUGGACAUAAAUAUGCAGCACCUGGAAUAUUACAAAUCUAUAUAUAAUGAAUGCAGAAACUCUCUUAAGAAAUUUAAGAUAGGUACAACAUUUAACUCGCAGGACUGGACCUGGCAUCACUAUGAAAUAUUCGGUCGAUUAGAUAAAUUUUUGGUCCGAAUGGAAGAGCUAAAAGACCUAUUUAAUACUGUCCGUGACUUUCAAAAAUUGGAAAAAAUUGUUAUGGGGGGGCUAAAGGGCAGGCAGGUUACUUCCGCUCUUGAGAAAAUUCUUGAAGAGUACAACAGCAUAUACCGUGAGUGGACAAACAUUCAGUACAACCCUAUUGACCCGGACGCAGAAAAUUCUCUGUUCCAAAGAGAUCGUUUAAGCUUCAAGGCCAAGACUGAUGUAAUGGAGCGCAUGGUAUCGUUUCAGUUUGAAAAAGGUCUUGAAGACACACAUGAUUUGCUUCUGGCAGGCUCUUUACUUCUUCGUCCUAUUAUCAAAAGGCAUGUUGAACCCUUGAUGCAUGUCAUUGUAGAUGAUUUUGAGGAUGAGAUCAUGUGC